CUGCAUACCUUGGUUCACUUAAAGCUGCUUUUGCAUGUGUUUGUGUUGCCUCAUGCUAUCAGCUGAGUAUGGGUAAGUUACUCUGCAUGAUUCAUUCAUAAACUGGAAAACCUAGCCAUAAUUGCUGAAUCAUGCUUAUGAGUAAUUUUCCUAGUCCCUCCCACAGCAGUUUCAAUCCCACCUCCUUCAAACCAAGAGCUGGUUGCCUACUAUAUUUAAGCAGCUGUCUUGGAACAGAGAGCAAUACAGUAUACGCUUAAGACUCAUGGUUUGUUAUGCUUCUCUAGCAACACAAGCGUUUGUAUUAAGACUUUGUUCUUUCUCACCAACUCCCUUUACUAAGGUGAAUUUCUGGUCCUAAUCUUUUCAGGCAGGAAGAUGUAUUCAGUGCUGACCAAACACCAGUAUUAUAAGAGCGAUUCCAAACCAAUUCCUGUGGUUAUCAUAGGAAAUGGCCCUUCAGGAAUAUGCCUUUCCUACCUGCUGUCUGGCUAUAUCCCAUAUGUCAGUAGAGACUCUGUUCACCCUCAUCCUAUUCUACAGAGGAAACUACAAGAGCUGCCAGAGGUCUCCAUUUUAGACCAGGAUCUGCAGUACCUUUCUGAAGGCUUAGAGGGACGAUCCCACAGUCCUGUGGCUCUUCUCUUUGAUACUCUAUUGCGUCCAGAUACAGAUUUUGGUGGAACGGCAGAUUCAGUCCUUUCUUGGUGGCAUGAGGCUAACAGAACCAUUCCCCAUCUGGUCCUUGGCAAGAAUCCUCCUGGAGGUGCCUGGCAUUUUAUUGAAGGAUCUAUGAUCACUCUGAGCCAAGGAGAGUGGAUGGGGCUUCCAGAUUUUCAACUGAAAGACUGGAUGAGGAAAAAGAGAAGGGGCCUCAGAAACAACAGAGCUACAGCAAAAGACAUUGCUCAAUAUUAUCAACAUUACGUGGCAAAGAAAGGGCUGCAGAAGAAUUUUAUCUGUGGGACUGUUGUGACAUCUGUCCAGAAAGUGAGCCAAGAUGUAAUCUCUAACAAUACACAGCAGGAUCCUCAGGGGAAUGGUGAUUCCCUCUGGGAUUUCCCCGAGAUAAAUAAGGAGAAUAACCAGGUUGCUAAUGGAAGUCUCUUCCAGGUGGAUGGAUUCAUUAAAACCAUUAUGGGUGAUCAGACGCCCUUCUCCAUCUAUGCAGAGAAUGUGGUUUUAGCUACAGGAACCUAUGAUAGUCCGUCAUGGCUUGGGGUCAAUGGAGAGGAUCUUCCUUAUGUUCAUCACAAACUCUCUACCCUUGAAGAAGCAGUGAAGAACAAGACAGUUGAUAUGACAUCAGAUCCAAUCCUGAUUGUAGGUGCUGGCCUGACAGCGGCUGAUGCAGUUCUCUUUGCUCAUCACUGCAGCAUCCCAGUGAUCCAUGUUUUUCGGAGAAGAGUCAGUGAUCCAGGCCUCAUUUUCAAUCAGCUUCCCAAAAUGAUGUAUCCAGAGUACCACAAAGUCCAUCAGAUGAUGACAGAACAGUCAGCUGUUUGUUCAGGGCCAUACGAAUGUUACAUCAGCCUUCCUGAACAUCAUGUGAUGUCCUUCACAGAGGACAAGAAGUGCAUCUUUCAGGAUAACAAAGGCCACCAGAAAGUCCAUAACAUUUCCAUGGCUUUUGUUCUUAUCGGCUCAAACCCCAACCUCUCCUUUUUACCAAAUCAUGGCCUUAACUUGGCAAUGGACAACAUGCAACCAGUCAAUCCCAAGAGGAAUCCCAUAGAUGUUGACCCAUUUACAUAUGAAUGCAUUCAGGAAAAAGGACUUUAUGCUGUGGGGCCAUUAGCUGGGGACAACUUUGUGCGUUUUGUGCAGGGAGGGGCUCUAGCUGUUGCUAGCUCUUUGUUAAAGAAAGACAACAGAAAGCCUCCUUAACAAACAAAGCACAAUAAGUCAGAAAUAUUGACAUAGAUUAUACUAUUCUCUUUGAUAGGUGUACUUUCCUAUCCAGGGUGCUCUUCAAGGCUGUACAGUCAUCCGGUUGUCAGUAGGUCUGUUUGGGAAAAAUGAGCCAGCAAGCACACUUCUUGGAAUUUAGAUUUGUAGUGUUGCUGAAGUUUCUACCAUGUCAAAUCUGGAGUAGCAGUUCCUUUUCUCUGCAUGCAUUUGCACUAUAGCAGACAGAGCUUACAUCUUAUGCU